UCAUAAUCGUGCGUACAAGUCUGAGCGUACGCCACCAUUUUGUCACGUUUUAUUUCUAAACGUAUCCCCCCACCAUAUUGAAAACAACCGAAGGUCGACGCUGAUCUCAAUCGUAACGGAGUGUUCUUUGGUUAGGUUACGGACUACGUUUGACGUCUUUUCUUGUAACAUGAUUUCAGUAAUUAAAUAAUAAUAAAAACUGAAUAAAAUGGAUGUUGGUGGUGAUCUAACUCUACAAUGGGUGGAAGAAGUGGGAAACGUAGAACUCCACGAGGAAGUGAUAUGCGAUCUGCAGGCACAAUUGGUCGCUACGGAAGAAGAGGUCAUUGGUGCUUGCGAGGAAGUGGCAGUAGAAGAAACCGUCGAGUCUGUUCCUGAUGUAGCACCUACAACAGAAUCUGAAAUACUAAUGGUACCCCACUCUAACGAUAUGGAAUCUAUCUAUAUUGUACCACAAGAUCAAGGACAUGACUAUUUGAAUAUACAAGUCACGGAAGAAGUAAUUGCUGAUAAUUGGGAUAGACAGGGUCCAGAUGAUGGAGUCGAGAUUCCAGAGACAAAGGUAACACAUGACAACUUGCUGGAAUAUGAUGACAUGGAGAUACCAUUGCCGAUCAAUCAGGACUCUAAUACCAACAUUCGGCCAUAUCCGUGUGAUUUCUGUAGCCGUAGAUUUCGAAAGAAAGCAAAUCUAAUGAACCACAUGGUAGCACAUCAAACAGAUCGUCCACAUAGUUGCAAUCUAUGUGGGGCACGAUAUGUACGCAAAUGCGACUUAAACAAUCACUUGAAAAUCCAUGCGUAUGCACCAUCGUCGCGAGAUGGUUUGGAGGACGAGAUGAAUGAUGAGGACUACUCCCUCCACCAGACACCAGAGGAGGAAGAUAUGGCAACUACUGCUACUACUACUGUUAAAGGCAGACGCAAAAAGGUACAAUCAAGUGUGCCACGCAAGCGAAAAGGCAAUAAUGUAGCUAGUCUACCAAAACGACUACACAACACAACCGAGAAUACUAGUAAUAGUGGGAUCAAGAUGGAGAUGGGCAAUGGCAAUUACGCAUCAUCCAGUUCAAGGUGGCACGAGGAGGAGAUGUCUGUCACUGUUGCCAGUGAGCAGCAGCAGCAGCAGCCUCCAAGAUCAUGGCCAGUCACUGAUCGUACUAAACCCUACGUCUGCCAAUUCUGCGGUGUUGGCUUUGCGAGGGAAAAAGCAUUGGCUUCACAUGCGCGUAUUCACGGCGGUGACAGUCCUUUUGAAUGCACUUCGUGUAACGAAAUGUUUUGGGAUGUUAACAGCCUGCGAGAGCACGUGCGUAUCAAGCAUGGUGGCACUAUACACACACAGUCCGAUACGGAGGAAUAUGACAAUGACACCGCUUACACGGGUGAAGAAAGAUUCGGCGAGUUUUAUUGUAACACAUGCGCUGUACCGUUUCAUCGUCUGGAUCUACUUAAACGACAUCAAAAAAUUCAUAUCAAGCAAGAAAUGGACACGAUGGAGGGGGGAUCCAGUCAACAUCACGUGUGUAAUGUUUGUGGCGAAUGGUUCGAAGAGGCACUGGCGCUGUUAGCACACGCAGAACUUCAUGCUAGAUCUCCUAGUCGUCGUUGCUUACUAUGCGGAGCCAGAUGUCGUGACGAUGCCGAAGUAGCGGAGCAUGUACGGCAAAAUCAUGCUGAGGAUGCGCCACCGAAUACAUGUAUACACUGUGGAAAAACGUGCAAGGAUAAACGCAGCUUGCUGAAGCAUUCAUGGGUCCAUAAUGUCGAUAAGACCUUCGGUUGUACAAAGUGCGGGAAACGCUUCCAUAGUAAAGCUAGACUGCGAAGGCAUAUGGUAUCACACCGUAAUAAAAUGGUAGCUUGCGACGAGUGCGGUGAGGAGUUUCCUGACGGACGAGCUCUCGUGAGCCAUCGACAUUCGCAUAAUAAAGAUCUGGGCGGUCGUUCGUUCCCCUGCCGCGAGUGUGGCAAAACUUUCGGCAGCCGUAGCUCGCAACAGAUUCACAUACGUAUCCACACAGGCGAAAGACCGUACGGUUGUCGGUUCUGUUGGAAAGCAUUCGCCGAUGGUGGUACCUUGAGGAAACACGAACGCAUUCACACUGGCGAGAAACCUUACGGUUGCGCCAUUUGUCCUCGAGCUUUUAAUCAGAGAGUUGUUCUUAGAGAACACGUGCGCGCCCAUCAUUCCGGACCAGAUCCUAAAUGCGUGGGCAGUACGACGCCUUUUUUAUGUAAAGUAUGCGGUGAAACAUACAGCACGUCCGAGGAAAUUGUGGCUCAUAUUGUGCAGCAUUGCGAUGACAAUACUGCGUUAAGACGUCAGCCGCAAACCGGACCACGCAAGUACAAAAGGAGACGCAAACUGAAACCUCAUGAGACCAACACGAUAUUGCGUAGAAAUGAGUUGUAUGAUAUGAUAGAAGGCGAUGAUGGUGGCGGCGGCGGCGGUGGCGAUGGCAACGUUGCCAAUGUUGGCUUUAGUGUUGGCAUUAACAUUGGUGGUGUUGACGGCGGCGGCGGCGGUGACGAUGGCGGCGGCGGUGGUGACGGCGAUGGCGGUAGCGGCGGCGGUGCUGGUGGUUCCGAUUCUGAGGAAAAUACAAAACGGAAACACGGCGGUCGUAAAAACAAGCAACAUAGAUUGUCGAAUGUUGAGGAAGGCUAUCAAAAUGUGUUAAAAAGCUUUGAAAGUUCGCUACAGAAUAUAAACUCAAUCGUGAGUAACUCUAAAUUGAAUAUGUCAAAGUCGAAGCUUUCAAAGAAGAAGCUUCGUAAAGAGGAGAAGAAAAGUGAGAUGCAGGCAUCGAAUCAGUCGUCCAGCCGACCGAAAAUGAUCCACACACAGAAGACACGAGUGCCGGUAGUGGUGGGUAGCGACGGUGUGAAAAAGGGACAGAAGACAAAAACAAUGGUGACGCGAACGCCAAAGGUUAUGCCAAAUGAACACAAGUCGGGCAUCUUUCCGGGUGGUGAGCGGAAUCGGCCACGCACUAAAAAUGUUAGUUAUCACAUUGAGGGCAAACAGCAGCAGCAGCUCUCGCCAGCGACAUUUUCGAGUAAUAAAGUAAAGGAAGACGUGGUAGUAGACGUUCUCCCUUCAACGCAGCAGCAACAAUCGCAAAUGCUAGCGAACGUCAAAAUCGAAUCAGGCGCAACACUGCAAAAAGUAGUAACGUCCACAACAACAAGUCACGAUAGUCAUAGAAAUAAUAACGGUAAUAUACUUGCUCUUGUCAAGAGUGAAUCGCUAGCCAAGAAGAAGUCAACCACCCUGAAGAAAACUAAAAGACAAAAACAUGUAGUGAAACAAGAACGUUCGGAUACGUCCGAAUCGGGUAUAGAAGAACAGCAACAAGAGCAUCAGUUACGAAACAACAACAAUAUAAUGGAAAACAACGAUGAUCCUGCUACACAACUGAUGGAGCAUGCAAUGGAUGGCAGUAACUUGGAGGUAGCUUUCGAAGCGAGCGUCGUGACUGCUGUGGAUCAAGGUCAAGAGGAAGACGAGGAUGACGAUGAUGACGAUGAUGACGAUGAUGAUGAUGACGAUGAUGAUGAUGAGGAGGAGGAGGAGGAAGAGGAGAGCAUUUUGCCUGACACCGGGGAAGAGAUUGGCAACCACCGGGGAGAUGUUAAACUCAGUGUGAAGGUGGAAUCGGCACCACAGCGGAUGCUGGCUGUUCAUAGUGUUAUUACACCGGUAGAUGAUGUCCCGGAGACAAUAAUACCAGAUGCUGUGGAAUAUACGUGCGAGAUGUGCGCGGCGGUAUUUUCGAGCCGCGCCGAAUUAUUGGUUCACGUACCGAUACACAUUUGAUUUGAUUUAAUUUGUUCGACAAGUCGGUCAACAUAAGGAGGUUUGUUCUACUCUCUCUUUCUCUCUCUCUCUCUCUCUCUCUCUUUCUCUCUCUCUCUCUCUCUCUCUCUCUCUCUCUCUCUCUCUCUUUAUUAUGCAUACUUAUUUAAUCAAAUUGAAUACUUUUAUCACGGUCGAUGAGGGUUGUUACUUCGCAAA